AUGGCUGCUCCAUAUCAAUCAUCAACAGCAGGUCCAUCAAGGUCGUAUCCAACUUAUCCAUCUCAAAAUGCAUCAUCGCCGCUGGCAUCUCCUUCCGUAGAACAGGAUUCAUGGUUGAUGAAUGGAUAUCAACAACAUCAAUAUCAGUAUCAACAUCAACAGUAUCAAGGAGUGGGAAAUAUACAAAUGCCUUUACCUAGAGGAGGAUCAAUGUCAAAUUCAAAUUCAAAUUCAAAUUCCAACUCAUAUUCAGCUUCAGUGUCAAGAUCAGCUUCUCAAGUUUCAGUACAGGGACCUUCGAUCGAUGAUAGAAGUGAAGGAUCAAAGCGGAAUCCACUGGUCGAUUUGAUAGAUAGUGAAAGAACUUAUGUCGAACAAUUGAGUCUUGUCAUAAGAAGAGUCGCCGCAGCAUGGUCGAGGAAAGACUUUCCCCCACCAAGAUUAGAUACAAUGUUCAGAUGUGUAGAAGCUGUAUAUAGGGCAAACAGAGCAUUUGGAACUAAACUGAAAGAGAUAGGACCCAAUCCAUCGAGCCCAAAAGCUUUGGGUGAUUUGUUAAUGCGUUGGAUCGACGACCUGGAACCCGCAUAUCACAAAUACUGCACACAUUUCUUGACAGGCUUCGAUUCUUAUGUACCUGUGACUCGUAAUGGAUUACUUCCAGGCAUAUUAUCUGAUAUAUCGACAUCAUGCGCACCGACACCUCCCUUGACACAUUGGUCCUUGGAUGCAUUGUUCAUCUUACCCUAUACAAGAUUAAGAUAUUAUCGUAAACUUUACGCUAGAUUAUUGAGGAGUACAAAAGAAGGAAGAAGCGAUCAUAAAUUAUUAGUUGUAGCAAAUCAAAGAUUAGAAGAAUUAGUAAAUCAAGUGGAAACUAGAUUGGAAUCAGACGUCUCAGAAGAAGAUCUUAUCUCAGCUUCAACUUCCACAUCUGGCUCCACUAAUUUACCCACAGCUACUGCUACUGCACCGAGGCUGAGUGGAGGUAGUGGAAAUGGAAGUAUAGCAGAACAAAGAUCAAGAGAACAAAGUUGGAAUGAUGAAAAAGAAAGAAACAGUAGGGCGAGUUCAGCAAUGGAUAGCUCGAUAGAAUCACAUACAAACAGCAGAAUCGAAGACCGAAAUUCGGGUGGAUCAGCAGUAACUAACAUGACCAGCAUAACGCAAUCACCACAACGUAGACCACCUAUCCAGGUCUCGACAAACACCUCUACUGCACCAUCGAUGUCUACACCCACUUCUGCAAGUGCCACCCCUUUAUCAGAUCUGGAGUUGAAGAUCGACCCAGAACGGACUAUAGAUCUGUUCUCGAUGGCACCAAAAAAAUGUAAACUUCAAAUGAAUCCACCUUCGCUCCCAUUUACAAGAAAAUUACGAUCUUCUCAUGAUGUCACAGUAUACUUUACACCAAAUUCGACUGGUCAACCAGUCGUUCAUCGACGAGCUCAUAUCUUUAUUCUAUCGGAUUUGUUCUUGAUGGCAGAAUGGAUGGAAGCUUCUGAAAAAGCUGCAAAAGCUCAACAGGUCGCUCGUGAACAACCCGAUAGAGUAGGACAUGGGGGUCCAAUGCCUGAAAUGUGGUUGAGCUAUCCACCGUUAGCAGGCAAACACCUUAUGGUGGCAGAAGGACAACAAGCAAAUGUCCUAACGGUCAUGAUCAUGCGGAAGGAAACGUUCACUAUUCAUGCAGAAUCUGAUCUAGCCAGAGAUCAGAUCAUGAAGGAUCUGAUUGAAUGUAUUGACUUUGCUUCCACUGCUACUCGACCUCCCACUGUCGCACCAUCACCUAUACAUCCUGAUCCUCGUUCACCAUCGCUUACUUCCCCUGAGAACCGCUCGAAUGAGUCUGCUUUCCCACCUUUGCGUUAUCCCAGCCCAUUCUCAAACUCUUCAUCACCAUCGACUAGUCCUCGACCUAACGAACAGUCAGAAAUGCCACCUGUGCCACUGGGAGGAAAUGCUUUGGUGUCGCAAAUGAGUCAAAUCUCGUUGCAGCCUGGAGAAGCAGUCGCUUGGCCUAGAGGACCUACCCCACCUCAAUCCAAUUCUAUGCCUCCGCCCCAAGGUAUCCCACCUUACAACAACCAUCCCAUGCCCGGAGGUCAAGCUCCUUCAAUGGCAGUUCUUCCACCUCGAGGAGCGAGUCUUCGACCCAGAGUCCAAUCUAACAAUAUGCAAUCUCCUCCCACAAGUCAACAACCUCAAAUGCCUCCUUUACCUAAUAUGCCGUUCGAUCGACCAUCAGAUCUCCAAAUCCCUAUACCAGGAGCUGGAAUGGGUGGAGCACCUUUACCACGAUCACCAUCCGGUCGUUCUGUUCAGUCCGCACCAAGAAUGCAUAUGGACAACGGAUUACCACCUGUCCCACCUAUCCGACCUGGUGCCGGUGCUUCGGGAUCAAAUUACUCAGACCAAGGACAUAAUUAUGCACCUCAACCGCCAUUUGCGCAAAACAACAUGAUAAACAGAUCAAGAUCUCUGGAACCGUUAAGAGCACCUGAACCACCUUCUGCAAGGUUCUCACAAUUUGAAAAUGGUCCGGGACCUGGUGGUGGUGGCGGUAUCGGAAGAGCAUCACCUCUGAGCGGAAUUGGGCCUGCUGGGGAGGAUGACGAAGAUUCACCACCACCUUCGCCUACAGAAGAAGAGACUACCACGUUAAAUGGACCUGCAAUAAUAUCAGCUCAAAUGAAAUGUAAAGUUUUCCUGAAACAAGAACAUCAAAAGUGGAAAUCGUUAGGUUCAGGUAAAUUGAAAUUGUAUCUUCAACAACAAACGAGUCUACAACAGCAAUUUCCGAUAAAGCAAUUAGUAGUGGAAAGUGAUUCUUCAUCGAAACAACUACUAAUCUCAACGAUAGUAUUGACUGAUGGCGUGGAGAGAGUUGCCAAAACUGGUGUGGCAGUCGAAAUCUCUGACAGAGGUAAAAGGACUGGAAUAAUCUAUAUGAUCCAGUUGAGGAAUGAAAAAUCUGCAAUGGGUUUAUUCGAAAGUUUACUUCAAGGGAGUGAUAGAGCUGUAACGAGAUGA